CACAUCGGGCAAUUCACAACGAAACGCAGCUUCUCGAUCCCGUCCGGGCCUAAAUCAAAGUCUGACCGGGCAAUCAAUCUCAUAAUCGAACCCUAAUUACCCAAAUCAAAUCAAAUAAUCAAUCGAGCUCAGCUCGUUUAAUUCUCCAUAUUUGAUGCUAAUAAGAGAUGCCUCCGAAGCAGCAAUCAAAAGCAGAAAUAGCGAAGAAGCAGAAGAUCGUAGAAGACAAGACCUUCGGUCUUAAGAACAAAAACAAGAGCAAAAACGUUCAGAAAUAUGUUCAGAAUCUCAAGCAAUCCGUUCAACCCAAACCCGACUCGUCUAAGGUCGCCGCUAAGAAAAAGAAGGAGGAGGAGAAGGCAAAAGACAAGGAGCUGAAUGAUUUGUUUAAGAUUGCAGUUAGUCAGCCUAAAGUUCCCGUUGGUGUUGAUCCCAAGUCUAUACUAUGCGAGUUUUAUAAAGCGGGGCAGUGUGCAAAAGGUUUCAAAUGCAAGUUCUCGCAUGAUUUAAAUGUUCAGCGGAAAGGGGAAAAGAUUGACCUUUACAGCGACAAGCGUGACCAAGUAACAAUGGAGGAUUGGGAUCAAGAAACUUUGGAGAAGGUUGUUGAAUCAAAGAAUAAGGAGUAUCAACAGAAUAAACCUACUGAUAUUGUUUGUAAAUACUUCUUAGAUGCUGUGGAGAAGAAACAAUAUGGAUGGUUUUGGGUCUGCCCAAAUGGUGGUAAAGACUGCCACUACAGGCAUGCUCUUCCUCCUGGAUAUGUUUUGAAAUCUCAGAUGAAGGCUCUGUUAGAGGAAGAGAGUGAAAAGAUAACUAUUGAGGAGGAGAUUGAAAAUCAGCGUGCUAAAGUAACUACUUCAACCCCCAUGACUCCUGAGUUGUUCAUGAAGUGGAAGAAAAAGAAGAUUGCUGAAAGAGAAGCUGGUUUGGAUGCACAGAGGGCAGAGAGAGCUAAGAAUGACCGUAUGAGUGGGCGUGAACUCUUCCUGUCAGAUUCUAGUGUAUUUGUGGAUGAUGCUGAGGCAUAUGAGAAGUACCAAAGAGAGGAAGAAUCUCAUGCUAAGGAACAGAAGGUCAAUGGCAAUUCUGCUGGAGAUGGAACAAGUACCUCAGCAAAAUCAGUUCAGGAUGAUGAAGUGCUCCCUGAUGAUGACGAUGAUGAGCUAGACAUCAACGAGCUAAAUGAAUUGGAGGCUAGCUUAGCAAAGACAUCAAUCCAAAUUCAGGAGCCUAGCAAAGGCUGAAUUUUGGGAAGCGCAGAGUCUUCGGUCUUCAUGUAUUUUUUAAGUUUUGACUUUUUGAUCCUGCUGUGACCUCAUAUGUGUCCACUUCGCAAAUCUCAGCUGCUAAGAUGAUCAUGAAGUUAAGUAAUUAGUUGAUACAUGUGAAAAACAGAGAACUGAUUGUAAUUUUAUUAUAUAUGUGUUUGUAAAUUAUACGUCAAUAUAUAGGAAAAUAAAAAACUAAUCUAGGAAAUAAAUAAUCUAAUCU